AUGGUCAAGCAGUUCCAAGCAGGAGGACAACAGUCUGACAUUGUGAAGAAAGAAGACGUGUAUUUCUCCCCCAGGCAUUCAAUCAUCUUCACCGACAGGAUGCUGACUGUGGUUCUUGUUUGUGCCAUGAUGGCUCUGGUUAGAGCUGACGAUGUACUUCCCACAUCUGCUCCGGUCAUAGAAGUCAUCCCAGACUCGAAGUCGACUCUAUUUCAAGCUAAAGCUGGAGUUCAACAUGAGGCAUGUGUUGAGCCUUGGGUUCUAUAUGACCAUCGCUGUUUCUUCUACGAUGCAACACCCAGGACUUGGGCUAAGGCUCAGCAAAACUGCCAAGUUAUGGGUGGAAGUCUUGCAUCAAUACACAGCACUUCGCAGAAUACACACCUUUUGCAGAUGGCUCAGGGGCCCACAUGGAUUGGAGGCACAGAUUGCCAAGAGGCGGGUGAUUGGUUCUGGAGUGAUGCUUCACGUUUUUCUCAAAAGUUUUGGUGUGGCUCACAGCCGGAUGGUGGCAUACAGGAGUGUUGCCUACAGAUGAAAACUGGAGAUGACGAAUGCUGGGAUGAUGUAAGUUGCAAGACCGAGAACCCGUCAAUCUGCUCCAAGAACCCCCAAUAAGUCCUGUACAGGUGCAGAGGCAUGCAGUGGAGUCCAACAAACACUUGAUGGAUGUGUGAUGUUUGCAUACUCAUCUCUUUGUGUCUUUAGUUCUUUGCUAUUGAUGUAACAGACGAAACAACAAGUGACCAUGCUUUCAGCACAAUCUCAUUCUGGUUUGUAUUUUGGAAAAUUAAAAAAGCUGCAGCCAAACAAA